UGUAGCUAGCUAGCCAGCCAAGUGUCAAAGCUGUUGAUAUGGUGGUAAGACUAAAAGUAAAAAAGUAAAAGAGCUGAGGCCAGUGAGGGUUGAACGACCAACUCCUGCAGCAAGUCCUUGCCUUGUUACAAUCUAGACUCAGACUCUAGUCUAGACCUAGCCAGUCAGCAGGGUUAGUGUAGAUGUUAAAGCUAAGUAUUUGCUACACGCUAGGUUUGAUGUAGGGGUAGCCAUGGUAGCAGGUGCAUGUGUUUGCGCAGGUGCUGUCGUUAGAAAGAAGGCGAAGCUGUUUUGAUUUUUUCAAAUGAAUGGUGAGGAACGACAGUCAACUAGCUAUAACUCAGAGCCCAUGCCCAGUUGACGUUUGGCAGGAUGAAGUAGCAAGUUCUGAUUUAGACUUUUACAGACACGCGUAUACUGCAUGAUCAGUGCAUGCCGACACCAAACUCUACAGGGACCGGGAUUCGCAGUAGCCGCAGAAUCAAUGCCUCUGGUCCGAGUCGAUAAUGUCUCCUCCAGCAGUAAGAAAGAAGCCAGUAGCGAUACCUCGCCUGUCUCUUAUCAGCAUGGGCAAUUGUGGAGUGGGAAAAAGCUGUAUCAUUAAACGCUACUCGGAGCAAGUCUUUGUGUCACGUUACUCGCCAACCAUCGGAGUAGAUUAUGGCGAGAUGCAAAUGCCAGAUACUUGUGUUGCGUUGAAGAUAGUGGACACGUCGGGAAAUCCGUUCUUCUUUGAGUGUCGUAAUGAGUUCUACAAGAAAGUGGACGGUGUUCUGUUAGGGUAUGAUGUAACGGACAUGCAAUCAUUCACUGACCUUGAUCAGUGGUUAAAGGAGCUACGCAACCAUUCCAAUACUGAUCUGGAGGACAUUGCAUUUGUCGUCUGUGCAAACAAGGUUGAUGGUGUUUCUGGAGCAAAGCGUGUCGUAUCCGAAGCGGAGGGCCGUCGUUGGUGUCAAAAACAUCGAUUUGCCUACUUGGAAACCUCGGCACUGACCGGGCAAAACAUCGCAGAAGUUUUCAAGACGUUGGUAGAGAUGAUCAAGUAUGGUCAAUCAGGCAAGGGGAAACCGCGUGUGAGUGACGCUGAUCUCAAGGACUCGGCACCGCUUGAACCAACGGCAGAGCAGGCUACUGCUACGGAGAAAGUGAUGUCUGGGAACAAUGCGUAUGAAAGACUGGGCGUGUCACGUACUGCAAGCAAGGAUGAUAUCAAGAAAGUGUAUCGGAAACUUGCAAUGCUUCUCCAUCCCGACAAAAACUGCCACCCGGAUGCUGAUGAAGCAUUCAAGAGACUGGCUGCUGACAAGAAGGAUCUCUUAGGUGAAUAGUGAGGAUACUGGGCAUUCCUCCGCAUCAUCCCUUGCGCAUCAUGCAAUAGUGGCCGUUUCUCGUCCUUUCAUGUACCCAUUCGUAUCCCUGGUAACUGCCUGGUAUCCACGACGACUGCCUGGCAGCAAUGGUGCGAGUGGGGACUGCCUGUCCCAUCACCGUUAUCAUACCAAUUGGCAAUAUGUGUACACUGGUACUAGUUGCCAUGGUUACAAUACGUACACUGGUGCUUAGCUACAAGCUGUGCGGCAGUGGAGUUUCCAGCCGACUCUGCAGCAGUGCUCAGCCACUGUGGCAGUCACACACACACACACACACACACACACACACACACACACACACACACACACACACACACACACACACACACACACACACACACACACACACACACACACUGCCAGAGUGCCAUAGUAACACUGAGAGGGACGCCUGAACAGUGUGUGGACCAAUCUCGAUCAGGGUGAGGAUAUUCUACUCUCCUAUGCAGCACAUGUGUCAUGACGUUGUAGCAGACAUUUGAGAUGGCUGCUAGGAUGUCCUAGUGUGCGAAUUUUGAUGAACGCUAGGUCUAGUAUGAUUGUCAUAUCAACUGUUGCUGUCUGUUAUCAGAUGGUGCAGAACUGAUAUCAGAUUAUGCAGAACUGAUGCAUACAUGUGACAUGUACUUGAGAGCUACUGCUGACUGCUAUUGGGUAUUAUAACAUGUUAUGCACACAGACAUAUACACCCGAUCUUUAUCCACAAUCUCAGCACAAUGUACGGCGGUUAUUGCAUUUGGCUGCCAUCACAGAAAUGUAUUGGAAGCCGUCUGUAGAUGUGUUGUGAUUUCUAAACUGAUGACAUCACUGCGGUAUAUCAUUGCUAACGUUACAUAUUCUUAGAUCUGUCAUUAUAUCUUCGAACCACCAAAUACAUGUUGAAUGAUAAUACCAUGGUAACCAUA